CACCUGCCGCAGCACUCACGCCAGAGUCAGCGAUAGUCAGCCAGAGAGGGAGGAAGAGGCAAGACGGUCAGGACUACCGGCACCACGAGUUUCGUAGAGCAUUAACCAUGAUGAUUAAGUGCGUAUUGCUAAUAGUCGCGUGCCAGGUUGUGCUCGGAACGACGAUCGGCUGCAAGCAAGUGUGCAUGUGGGGUUUGCCGAGCGAGAGUUGCAACUGUAGAUUUCAAUUCUUCAAUAAGAGGAACGAUGCGAACAGUCUCCCACACCAUCGUGACGAUGAGGGCGAGCUGGCGAUGACACUGAACAGGCAUCUACAAGAGCAGCCGUCAUACCUCACGUUGACCUCACUGAAGAACGCACUCGAUGACCUUGCCCUGCCGCCGACGUCCUCCGACGCCGCACGCGCGCCCAACGACUACAACACUUACCUGAAAUGGAAUCAUCUGAACCGCCACAAUUCGCAGGAGAGUUAAAAAUGUUACGGUCAUCUAUGGACCAAGUAGAGACUAAGCACGGACGGCAGAGACCGUCGGUGGCAACCGCAACGCAAUAACGACGGUACUGACAGAUGACACUUGCCGCCGCAAAAUCAAUUUUGUGGUUAUUUAUAGGCCUGAUGAUAAAAGUAUCUUUACUUUCUUGAAACGUUGAUUAGAAGAAAUCAAUUUGUCGAUGGAACCCGGGUCUUUAUCCGGCGAUACGAUUAUCGAGACGGAUAUUUUGAUUUCAUUGAUUACAAAUAGUGAUGACAAAUAAUAACAAUUUGAAAUUAUAUGUCAAACGUUUAGAUAAUAAUGCAUUCCUAUGCUGCGCAUUUAACGUAAAGAUCGCCUCGAUUGUGUGAAUUGAUAAAGCGGGCAUUUGUAUAUAAGAGUAACUAUAGGGUACGCAUUCGCCUACCGGAAGAGCAUGCCAUUGUGAACAGAAAAUUAACACGGGAAAAAUAAAGCGUUUUUAUACAAACAG